CGAAAGAUCGAGUAGCCUCCGCAACGCCUUGGCAUCCUCGCCAGAGAUUGGUUAUAGCAAACUAAAGACUGGAGUAGUUCGUGAAGCGAUUUUCUUCAGUAUUUUUGGUAUUAACCAUCUCGGGGCGAUCUACCCACUCUAUUCCCUUUUUUAAUUUAAGCACAUACUUUUAGGAACACAAUGGCAAUCACAAGCUUGGACCCUGGUGCGGCCGCUCUUCAGGCGUGGGGCGGUCAGAUGGCAGCCUUCGGCAGCAAUGAGACUGUCGUCGACAAAGUUCUACCAGAUAUGCUGCAUCUAGUUGACCCCCACUGGUACCAAUUCCCACCCAUGAAUCCGCUAUGGCAUGGCCUCCUCGGAUUUGUGAUCGGGAUUUUGGGCUUCAUUUCCAUCACAGGCAACGGAAUGGUCAUCUACAUCUUCACAACCACAAAGACCCUCAAAACACCAUCAAACAUCCUCGUCGUAAACUUAGCAUUUUCGGACUUCCUCAUGAUGUGUGUAAUGUCACCUCCUAUGGUGGUCAACUGUUACACCGAGACAUGGGUAUUCGGACCACUAGCGUGUCAGCUAUACGCGUGUGCCGGAUCCUUAUUCGGAUGCGCCUCUAUCUGGACCAUGACGAUGAUUGCUUUCGACCGCUACAACGUGAUCGUAAAAGGAAUUGCCGCCAAACCUAUGACAAUCAAUGGCGCUAUGCUUCGAGUGCUGGGAAUCUGGAUGUUCUCAUUGGCAUGGACCGUUGCGCCCAUGUUCGGAUGGGGCCGAUAUGUACCUGAGGGAAACAUGACCGCCUGUGGAACUGACUAUCUUGACAAGAGCUGGUUCAACCGCAGCUACAUCUUAAUCUACUCCCUUUUCUGCUACUUCUCGCCUCUCUUCCUCAUCAUCUACUCCUACUUCUUCAUUGUGCAGGCGGUAGCAGCUCACGAGAAGGCGAUGAGGGAACAGGCCAAGAAAAUGAACGUUGCUUCUCUCAGGUCAUCUGAUGCGGCUAACACAAGCGCUGAGUGCAAAUUGGCUAAGGUUGCUUUAAUGACCAUCUCACUGUGGUUCAUGGCAUGGACUCCAUACCUUGUCAUUAACUAUGCUGGUAUCUUCGAAACUGCCACGAUCACUCCUCUCGCUACUAUCUGGGGCUCUGUCUUCGCCAAGGCUAAUGCUGUCUACAAUCCUAUUGUAUACGGUAUCAGCCACCCGAAAUACCGUGCGGCUUUGUACGCGAGGUUCCCAGCCCUUGCUUGCCAGCCCUCACCCGAAGAUAACGCCUCGGUAGCCUCCGCCGCCACCGCCACCGAAGAAAAACCAUCAGCGUGAACACUACGACGUCCAAGAUCGACUACCUACCAAUGGCCUUACGCUCGUUCGGAAAAUGAUUCUGCCAACGCGAUGUUCUUUAUUAUUUUUAUACGUGAAAAUUUACUGUACAAAGUUAUCUCGAGCACAGAGCGCGAGCUCUACAAAAUAUUCGGAUAUUAAAGUUUUUAGUUUGUUACUUACUUCAGCAUAUUUUGAGUUCGCGUUUUGUGCGUCUAUUUGAACAUUGCACACAUUUCUUAUGCCUUUGCUUGUAACACUGGCCGGCGGCAUAAAAAAUACAAAAAAAAAUACAUAAAAGGGAACAAUGUCGCUAGGCCGCCCUGUGAACCAUGAGACUGCUCCCAAUUAGUAAAUAGGUAACGCAACGGAAUCUAAACGACGGAAAAGAUGCAAUGUAUAUUGGACAAAUAAAGUUUAUGACUGGCAAAGUGGUUUAUGACCACAUAAA